UGCUUUCCUCCUCUCCGGAACCGGAUGCGAACGUAGUCGGCUUUCCCGACCGGCGAUCGAAACCAUGCUCGAUCCCGGCUUCGGCGCGAGGUCAUUUACCUAAUUUCAUCCGCACCCAUCCCCCGUUUUAUCCCGGGAUCGGAGAUUCCCCCGCCGUCAUUUCGCCCCGCUGAUUCGUCCUCUCCCUACUCCUCAUCGCAGUUCCAACUCUCGCUAGGUCUCCAAUCCACGAACUUCUUCUAACCGGCCGCUGCAGCCCCCUUCUGUGAUCCGUCUCUUUGCCCUCCCCUCCUCCUCGGACCUUGUGCAGUUUUUCUGCCGGUUCCCGCAAGGAAGCAACCUUCUCCCAUCGGGCUGCAGCAACCCCCUUUCCUGGCGCUGCCUCCUCGCUUUCCCUUAAUCGAUGCACGCAUCCGAUAAAUUUCUUGAGUUCGUAGAGCCUCUUCUCAAGUCCCCCAAGUGCUGACUGGAGUUAUCGGUGCCUUUAGAUUGCGGUGUAUUGAUGCAAGCAAGUAGUUCAGCAUCUGAACAAGUAAUUAGACAAUGGAAAACACCCAGUGAAGUAGGAAAUGACCAGAUUGUACAAAAAGAACAAAACCAACCUUUACAAUCAUUGGAGCAGCAUUCGUCUGGGGGAGAAUUGGUUCGGACAAGUUCUAUUCAACCUCGAGUGGAGCAGCUCAAUCAUGUAUCGAAACAAGACCAAAUGACUUUUCAGCAAGAGAUCAUGCAUUCAAAUAACUGUCAGCAACAGUCAGAAGCUAAUUCAGUUAAACCUGUGGACAAGGGACCUGAGCAAAGUAAUAUACCAGUCUUGGAUACAAUUGCAGACCCAAAGUUGGAUGUUGCCCAGCAUUCUGAGAAGCAGCAGCAGCAGCAGCGGCCGCACAUUGUCCAGCAGUCAAACAGUCAACAAGCACCUGACAUAGCAAAUGCAGCUGCUCGGCCUUCUGAAAGCCAACAACUCAUUAUGCAACAGUCAAAUAGCCAACAAACACCCACUUCUAGUCAAUCAAACAUGGCAUUAAGAACUAAAACUGCUUCGUCCAUACCUUUCCACAUGCUGAUUCCAAUUUUAAGACCUCACCUUGACAAGGACAGAUCCAUGCAGCUGCAGUCUAUUUUUAACAAACUCAGGAAUAAAGAAGUCAGCAAAGAGGACUUUUUGAGAGUGGUAAGGAAUACAGUUGGUGAUCAGAUGCUUAGACAGGCUGCUCGAAAGGUACAAAUGCAGCAGCUUCAGGCGCAGGCUUCUCAGAACACACCGUCAAAUACAAAUCUAUUUUCAUUACCAGCUCAAGCUUCUUCUCAGCAAGUUUCUCGUGGUGGUACGCAGCAGAUAUCUGGAGCUCAAUCAUUUCCAGCACUCCACUCCUUACCAUCUCAGAAUGUUAUAGUCCCUGCAUCUUCUCCUGGUCAACCUCAUGUUCCUGCUUUGCACCCUAGCACAGGUCCUCGAGAAGUUGGGAUUGGAUCAAAUGGGAAGGGCCCCCAUCUUGUGCAAAAUUAUUCUAACAGUAUGAAUAUGUCCAGUUCUGAAAGGGAUGGAUUGAUGGGUUCAACACAAUCAAUUAACGGGCAACAGAAGUUGCAAUCAUCUAUUUCAGUGUCCGGUAGCACUAAUAGUUAUAUUACCCAAACCUAUCCUAGGCCAUCUAUGAGCUCCUCAACUUCUCUCAGACCCAAUCUAGAGUCACAUCCAAGACCAGUUUCACGUACUCAGGGACUUGUUUCAACGCUAAUAAGACCAACUCAGCCCAUUAAUACAAUGAGAAUGCCAUAUCAACAAGGUUCUAAUAAUGAAACCAAGAGACAGCAAACUGGUUCCUUGACAAACCAUUCAUCCUCCCUGCGUAACCUAAUUGCUUUGCAGAUGUCAGCAGAAAGUAGUGGAUUGCAGUCAACUUCUUAUGUAAAUCAAGAGGUGGUUGAUCAAUCGUCUGAACCUCCUAAGGUUCAGUUUUCAUCUUCAGAGACCACUUCAUUUGAUACAUCACAUUUGAACCAAGGGAAUUCAGCAUUUGGUUCAAGUAUGGUGAGAACAAAUCAGGUUUCAGGCUCAGUACCUAGUCAAGCAGAUCAGAAUACACAGAUGGACGGAAACACAAAAGUUGAUGUUGAAAAGGACAAAGAGGAUGGUCGUUCUAAAGCCGUUAAGGCUAACAAAAACGAAGAUGAUAAACUAAGAAUAACAGCUGCUAAUGUGGCAGCUCGAGCCGCUGUUGGCGGAGAUGAUAUGCUUUCAAAGUGGCAACUCAUGGCUGAGCGAUCUCGUCAAAAACGUGAAGGUUUUGAUGGGGCGUCUGCUUCCCAGCUAGGUAAAAGUGCAAGCAGUAAAUCUUCACUGAACUUGGGAAUAGGUUCGAGAGAAAUACAUGAAUCUGAAAAGAAAAACUCUUCCAUGCCAACAUCUGGUGUGUUGAUGCAAGCAAGUAGUUCAGCAUCUAAACGAGUAAUUAGACAAUGGAAAACACCCAGUGAAGUAGGAGAUGACCAGAUUGUACAAAAAGAACAAAACCAACCUUUACAAUCAUUGGAGCAGCAUUCGUCUGGGGGAGAACUGGUUCGGACAAGUUCUAUUCAACCUCGAGUGGAGCAGCUCAAUCAUGUAUCGAAACAAGACCAAAUGACUUUUCAGCAAGAGAUCAUGCAUUCAAAUAACUGUCAGCAACAGUCAGAAGCUAAUUCAGUUAAACCUGAGGACAAGGGACCUGAGCAAAGUAAUAUACCAGUCUUGGAUACAAUUGCAGACCCAAAGUUGGAUGUUGCCCAGCAUUCUGAGAAGCAGCAGCAGCAGCGGCGGCCGCACAUUGUCCAGCAGUCAAACAGUCAACAAACACCUGACAUAGCAAAUGCAGCUGCUCGGCCUUCUGAGAGCCAACAACUCAUUAUGCAACAGUCAAAUAGCCAACAAACACCCACUUCUAGUCAAUCAAACAUGGCAUUAAGAACUAAAACUGCUUCGUCCAUACCUUUCCACAUGCUGAUUCCAAUUUUAAGACCUCACCUUGACAAGCACAGAUCCAUGCAGCUGCAGUCUAUUUUUAACAAACUCAGGAAUAAAGAAGUCAGCAAAGAGGACUUUUUGAGAGUGAUAAGGAAUACAGUUGGUGAUCAGAUGCUUAGACAGGCUGCUGGAAAGGUACAAAUGCAGCAGCUUCAGGCGCAGGCUUCUCAGAACGCACCGUCAAAUACAAAUCUAUUUUCAUUACCUGCUCAAGCUUCUUCUCAGCAAGUUUCUCGCGGUGCUACGCAGCAGAUAUCUGGAGCUCAAUCAUUUCCAGCACUCCACUCCUUACCAUCUCAGAAUGUUAUAGUCCCUGCAUCUUCUCCUGGUCAACCUCAUGUUCCUGCUUUGCACCCUAGCACAGGUCCUCGAGAAGUUGGGAUUGGAUCAAAUGGGAAGGGUCCCUAUCGUGUGCAAUAUUAUUCUAACAGCAUGAAUAUGUCCAGUUCUGAAAGGGAUGGAUUGAUGGGUUCAACACAAUCAAUUAACAGGCCACAGAAGUUGCAAUCAUCUAUUUCAGUGUCUGGUAGCACUAAUAGUUAUAAUACCCAAGCCUAUCCUAGGCCAUCUAUGAGCUCCUCAACUUCUCUCAGACCCAAUCUAGAGUCACAUCCAAGACCAGUUUCACAUACUCAGGGACUUGUUUCAACGCUAAUAAGACCAACUCAGCCCAUUAAUACAAUGAGAAUGCCUGCAUAUCAACAAGGUUCUAAUAAUGAUACCAAGAGACAGCAAACUGGUUCCUUGACAGACCAUUCAUCCUCCCUGCGUAACCUAAUUGCUUUGCAGAUGUCAGCAGAAAGUAGUGGAUUGCAAUCAACUUCUUAUGUAAAUCAAGAGGUGGUUGAUCAAUCGUCUGAACCUCCUAAGGUUCAGUUUUCAUCUUCAGAGACCACUUCAUUUGAUACAUUGCAUUUGAACCAAGCGAAUUCAGCAUUUGGUUCAAAUAUGGUGACAACAAAUCGGGUUUCGGGCUCAGUACCUAGACAAGCAGAUCAGAAUACACAGCAGGUGACUUCUGCAACUUUACCCCCGCCUGGAUCAAUGACAAAAUCUCCAUUAAAGAAACCAUCUGCUGGGCAGAAGAAACCAUUCGAUGCACUAGGCUCAUCUCCGCCGAUGUUCAGCAAGAAGCAGAAAACUGCUGGCACUUCUCUUGAUCAAAGCAUUGUGCAGCUAAAUGAUGUUGCUGUUGUUAGUGGAGUUAAUUUAAGGGAAGAGGAAGAGCAGCUGUUAUCAGGCCUGAAAGAAGACAGUCGAGAGUCAGAAGCAACUUGAAGGGUUGUACAAGAAGAAGACAGGUUAAUAUUGCAGAAGGCCCCCCUUCAAAAAAGGAUUUCAGAUAUCAUGUUUAAAUGUGGUUUGAAGAUUAUUGGUGGUGACGUAGAACGUUGUCUAAUGUGCGUCGAGGAGCAUUUGAAGGGGUUGAUGUCUUAUCUGAUAAGACUGUCAAAACAGUUGAUGUAGAAAAGGACAAAGAAGUUGAUUGUUCUAAAGCCGUUAAGGCUAACAAAGAAGAAGACGAUAAACUAAGAACAACAGUUGCUAAUGUGGCAGCUCAAGCCGCUAGCAGCUUGAGAUGAUAUGCUUUCAAAGUGGCAACUCAUGGCUGAGCAAGCUCGUCAAAAAUGUGGAGGUUUUGAUGGAGCGUCUGCUUCCCAGCUAGGUAAAAGUGCAACAGCUGCUAAUAACGUGACGGUUUUGAUGGAGCGUCUGCUUCCCAGCAAGGUAGCUAGGUAAAAUGUGAAUAUUUUUAA